CAUAUAUUUCGUUUGCUGACGUCCGAGUUUCUAAUACAGAUCGUUUUGAAUCGUUUAUUGCGAUUUUUUGUUUACUUGUUGCUCUGUUUGGAUGUUGAGCACCAUCUCAGUACGCCGGUGAGAGCCAAGCAAGAGCAAAUUUUAAAAAUAAAACACGAUAUCUUGAGUAUGUGCUUGUCGGUGAAACAAGACAACCAAAACUACCGUCGAUAACCAGCUAUUGGGGCAAAAAUCUCCAGUCAACCACAACACGAGAGUGCGUUCAGGUGGCUCAUUUCGUAUUUUGCGCUACGUUUCACAACUACCCGCAAUUCCUUCGCGAAAAUUAUAAAUUUCUCUUUUAAGCAUAUAAAUAAAUAUAAAAGAAUUCAUACUGACACCUUGAACUUUAAAACAAUUCAAUAAAAUAUUGUAUAAAAUAUGUGAUAUUGUAAACUAAGCGUUUAAAGUGUGAUUGAAUGUUUUUGUUAAAAAAGAAAAUAUAUCGCGUAUUGGAGUUGUGAGGGUAACAAGGAAUCUGAAGAUUCUCACGCGUGCUAGUUUUACUAUUGAUAGAAGUGAACGUGACUUCUUACGUCUUUCUGUCUUAAAAUAACACUUCGUUUUCAUUCUUUCUACUUAUGUAUGUGUAUAAAUAGAAUAAAUUGAAUAUGUGUGUCGGCUUAUAUAAAUGGGCAUAUUUACUUAUACAGUGCUAAUGAUAUUGCUACGCCAAUCUAAUUGUGAACUUACCGCCAAAUUGAAAAAAGUAGUUAAAGUAUAACAUAGAAUAUAAUCUACCCAACUGUACUUGACUUUUUUUUAAAUCAUGCCAAUGGCCAAUAAUUAAUUUGUUAUCAAUGGUGUUUACAUUCGUGGAAGCAAUGUGUGAAUAAUUUUUCAACUGCAUAACUACACGAAUUCUUAAUAAAGAAAGUAAAAGCUAACUGCAUUUUAUAUCGAACUACAUAUUCCGACUGAGCCUCUGCGAAUGCGUUCCAUUAUUUUAUGCAAAAACCAAUUCCCUUUUGAUGGCCGACAAGUGCGAGUUUUGCUUUAUCGGGAAUGCGACAAAACUGGCCGGAAAUUGCUGUUUGAUUCCAAUGCCUUGCAAAAAGUGCCAUUAAAAGAAACAAAUGGCAAUAAUAGCAAAGCGGGGACCGAUCGCUACACGCGCCUCAGUGAAUACACAACGAACAAUCGUAACAGGAAUGGAAACACAACAAGCAAAUCUCAAGCCUACAAAACACAUUCCAGCAAUAGUUUUAUCGAAGUUUGCGAGGAAUAUGGCUAUAAGCACGUACAACCAAAUUCUGCAGAAUUCACAACAGUUGGGGAAAUGGUGUUUGGGGCGUCGGCCAUGUCAUUCCGCGGUACAGCAUUCAAAGUGCAUUGGUUACAGCUGCCUCCACGCUUACUAUGUUCGCAAGUUUUUCUCACACCUGUACAUGCUGGUAAUGGCCAUUCACCUUAUUCCACUAUUUCUACGAACAGUUUAGCCACUCCACGUACUUCAAUCUCCAGCGAACAUGGCUCCAUCGAUAGCUUUUCGAUGGGUUCGUUUUCGAUGCUCGGCUAUCCAAUGAGUGUUGGAAGGCAUUUAAGUUUGACUCCAAGCGAUCGCAGCAGCUUUAUGACCACUCCUCUUGAUGUACCAGAUCAACAAUCGGUAUCCGAUGGGGGGAGAACUGACAGCGGGCCUCAGUUUUCCUCCACAUAUAGCACUGGAAUCGAUUCAGGCUACGAUGGUAUGAGUCGCAGUCAAAUGUCCAGCGAUCAAUGGUCUGCAUCAUAUCAAUAUUCCACUCGUAGCAGUUUUGGCUCCCUAUCGUCAGAACAAAUAGAUGCAUUGCAAAAAUAUAAUAUUGAAUCAGUGUAUUUUUCCCAUAUGACAUCCGUAGACGAUAAUGCCGGCGAUGGAACACUUCAGCGACGCAUAUCACGAAAUCUGCGUACUUCGUUCGAGAAUGAGCAUUCGGUGAACGACUUAAUCGGUUUCAUCAGUGACAAUUAUCCUGCUGCAGGUACGGCGAAUUGUGGGGGGAGCGAAGGCGGUAAUAUGGGUGUUCCAAACUACAGGAGAGCGAGUUAUAGUGCAAAUGAAUCACGUAGUAACCCGGAAAUCGGACGACGGCGUGAUACGUUGAGUAGUGGAAGCAGUAAAUCAAUACAUCGGCGCGCCAAGCUAGGUUUAGCUGUGUGCAUAACAAUGAGCGAAUCAUUUGAAGAGGAGAUGGAAUUAUUUUGCAGCGAACAUAUCGCACUGUUGGAAUCUAUGCUAGGUCGUUUGCGUGCAUGCACAGAACGGGCGUACAUUAAUCAUAAAGAAUUUUAUCAGAUAAUGUUCCAAGCUUGGCUGGAGACGCAACAAUGGUUCAACGACCUAUUCACUGCACCCCGCAUUAAAUGUCCUAUUUGGCUGAGCAUUACCACAAGCGGAAACAAGUACUCCAAAAGCGUUGCAGAGAAAUUCAUGAAAGAGUUAUGUUGGCUGCUCUCAUUGGCCGAUACUAAAGAUACAAAUUUUUUCAUCAGCACAAUGCUAACAGCCAUUCUAACACACCAUCUUGGCUGGGUUUCCACAAUCGCUGCAUUUAAUUCGAGAACUUCGCUCAUUGAAUCAUCAACGGCAGCGAUCGAGCAACGCGCUAAGCUCCUACAAGUAUCGCAAAAACAUCCGUAUAAUGCUCUGUGGGCACAAAUGGGUGAUCUAUAUGGCGCUAUCGGACUGCCACCACGAUUGGCAAGAACUAUAGUUUAUGGUACAGAAAAAUUAGCUGUAGAACGGCUUCUCAAUAUACUCACAUACUUUAUACGUUGCGGAGAAGUGCGACGCUCCGCAAAACGUGAAGAUUUUAAUAAAGAUACAAUAAACUCACUUAUUCAGCAGCGAAAAAACGAAGUGUUGAAAAAGUCUAACAGCAGUUCAUAUCAACGGGGGCAUAGUUUGAAGAAAGCCCCUUUGGCUGACGGCGGGUCAAGCGAAUGUAUUGGGUUAAGUGGAAUGAAGCGAACCCAAACGUGCAAAUUAAAUUUAAACACUAUAGCAGACAAUGGGGAGAUGUCCGACGAUAUGGCGGGAGAAGAAGAAAAAACUAGCGAUGAAGAGAUCGAUGGUGCUCAGGUUGUUCGUACAUUGAAAAAAAACGAAAUUCCAAAUGUUUUGGCAUUCAGAGAUUCCCGCUUUGUGCAACAAGAGUUGCGUAUUGGUAACUAUCUUAUGGAUACAGGCAUUGAAAAGAAAUCGUUGUUGCAAUUUGCAAAAUCGAAUGUCAUCAAUAACAAACAAUUGGUUGAGAAAGAAGGAAAAAUUCGUGUUUUAAUCACCUCACCUGACAAUGAAGAGGUGUGUAUAGAAGAUGAAAAUUCUCUGGGUGGUGGUAGUACAAGUGACGAAGGUGCUCUAGAAGCUAUAGAGAUUGACACUGGCAUUGAUAGCAACGUUCCAUAUUCCGAUGGUGGAAUUAUAAAUACUGGUAAGAGACAUUUCUUUUGGCAAGUUGUAAAAGAAGGUCUUAGUUUAAGUCAGUUACAACAUAAUUUGAGCGAGAGUAAUCAACUUAAGCGCCAAGAGGAGUUAGACGAUUCCUUGGCCACUCUAUCUCUCUCCGAUCUCAUUACUCAAAACAGUAUGGGGAAGAGUGAUCGAAUGACAUGGGGCAUAGAGCCACGUCGUGAAAAUGUCUGUUUAGAGGAAGAAAUUCAUUUUGACAAUUGUCAGAAGAAACGUGAUAAUAUGGGCGGUAGCUGUAUCGGGGGGGUAGUAUUUAUGUUAGGCGAAAAUGAGCCACUCGUCAAUAUUAAGAAAAGCAAUGAAGAUCUCAUCACAGCGAUUGACAAAGAGGAGACGAAAGUAGAAGAUACUGGUAGCAGUGAUGGCAACACAUCACAACAGCUUUGUCCGCUACAUCAACGCACUCACGGACCAACAUCGAAACGUCACUCCGGCGUUAAAUUCAACUUUGAACAAUUUCCGCAAAUUGCCACUAACUACAUGAAAAGCAAAAAUUUGGUGUUAUCCAACUAUGAUUUGUUAAUGGACAAGAGCGCCAAAUUUGACACACAGAGCGCUGGUAUAACUUUAGAGAGUUUAACUUCAGAUUCAUCAGCAUCGGCUUCGACAGCUACCGUUAGUACCACAAUUAAUUCUACGGAAUGUAUGGUAUGCAAUAGUAUUCUCAACUCCUAUCAAACUCCAUCUAAUGCCACUGAAUUGGAAUUUGAAACAGAUGAGAUACGUUCUCCGCAUUCUCAGCAAGCUGUAAAUAAAAUGGUGAAAAGCCCAGCUGCACAUAUUGCUUCCAAUAGUACACGAACGUUACAAUCUGUCAGCUCCGGUGCUUCAAUCGAUACAUUAAAAUCUGCAUCGGCAGGUAAUUUUGUUGAAUGUGAGCCAACAUCUUCUCCAUCUUGUCGGCAAAAAACAUAUAACACGAACACGCGAAAAGUGUCUUCGCAUCGGGGUUCCAUCUCAUCAGUUGCGGCUAAAUGUGCUGCUGUUAACGAAGCAAUACAUUUAGUGAAACUACCGGUUCCCGCUAUAAGAGAAAUACCUCAAGAGGACGAUCCAGGAUCUGGAGACGGUAUGAAGUUGAGAGCCGGUUUCGUACCGUCACUUUUUCUAAAUGUCAGCGAUCAUUAUGUAUCUGAUAUGGUUCUGCAGGGUACUUGUGCUUCUCCUGAUAAAUGGCAUAUGUCGCUGCGCGAGGAUUUGGCGUUAUCAGCUCGAGCUGCGUCUCUAAUAUCGUUACCAGCUGAAAAUGUGGCAAUUGUAGCAAAUAUGGAAAAAUGGGAUGUUCGGUUAAUUUCAUCACAACUUCAACACUUUCCAUACGCAGGCGAUCAAAGUACUCCAGUCGGAAUGUCACAAUUGGUUUCUAGUAUGCUGGAAACAGUGCAUGCUAUGAAUAGUGCUGGUAUUUCUGCCUACGAGUGUUUGGCUUACAUCGAAUCGAAAAUGCAAGAAAUUUUUCUGCAGUCUGAAUCUUUAGCCGCCUUUUUGCUCGAAACAGAGUUUUGUCAAUUAAGUACCGUAACUACAGCUCUCAAUCUCAGUGAAAAUGACGUUCCGCUACUACUAUCAAUCGCGUCUAUUCAUACUCCUCAAAUAGCUAAAAAAUGUGGUAUUAGCUUUAGAUGACAAGCUAUUAUUUAACAGUGUUUCUAAGGUAAAAUAAUGCAUUACUCGAGUGCAUUGCUGAAUCACUUUCUUCUCUAUCAAACCACUCACACGUAAAUACUCUAGCGAAUUAUGAUAUAUUCUUUAUAUUCAUUAUCGUUUUAGUUUCUUAAAAAUAAGUAAAACGUUUAACAGAUUAGGUCACUGGUCUGAUCUUGUGAUAUGUACAACUGUAACAGCUAUAAAUUAGUCAAGUAGGCAAUAACUAACAUACAUAUAGCAAUAUUAUUUACAACUAGAUACAAUGAAAUUUUGAUAAUAACCAAUAAUUUGCUAAUUAGUACCAGAAAUUCUUUUCGUCAAAGAAGUACGAUUUGCCUAAAUUAAUAACGAAAUAAAUUGUAUGUUAAGAAUUUAAAUUAUUGUUGCCGGUAAUGAUUAUUAUAUUAGAAUUAUAAUUAUUCAGUAAAUUGAAUUGUUGUAAAGAUCCACAUUGCUGGCCCGAUAGAUAUUGUGAUUAGAUCAGCCCCAACAGGUGUAUUUACAUGUAAAAUUGUAUUUAAGAUUAAUUUGUCAUUUGAAUUUAUUUAAAAUAAGAUUAGCGUAUAUAUUAAAUUUAAUAUACUUCAUAGAUUCUUAAUUAUUAUAAGUGCGAAUAUGAAUUUAGUAUGCGGAAAUAAGUAUGUACAAUAUAUAAAUUGUCAUUAAGGUACGAAUAUUUAUAUUUAAUAUGUA